CACUAUUUGUGCAAGGUCAUUGUAGUCCGCGCGGUGAACAGUCUGCCUGGGGGUAUAAAGUGUGGCUUCAUUCCAGCAGGAGACAGUGCCGACCCGCUCUCACCGACGCAGCACCUCCAGCCAUGAUCAGACCCGUCUCUUUAGUGUGCCUUCUGGCCUCCGCCGCCCUCGCCCUUCCGGGAGGAUACGGAGGUGGACAUGGUGGAAUUAACCUCGGCGGUGGCGGCGGACACGCUGCUGUCUUCUUCGGUGCCGGCGGCCACGGCGGCGGCCACGGUGGCGGCUUUGGUGGCGGCCACGGUGGCGGCUUUGGUGGCGGCCACGGUGGCGGCUAUGGUGGCGGAUAUGGCUAUGCUAGGCCCACCCCCUACGCUUACAACUACGGCGUCUCUGCUGGCUACACCAACUUCGGCCAGAGCGAGAAGGGCAACGGCUACGGAGGUGUGCACGGUGGCUACUGGGUCAACCUUCCCGACGGCCGCGUGCAGAGGGUGUCCUACGUAGCUGACUACAGCGGCUUCCACCCAGUGGUGACCUACUCCGGCAAGGCCCACUACCCUGCAAGCUACGGAUACGGCCAUGGCGGUGGCUACCAUUGAGAAAGCAAACCCACCGCAAGGAGAGAUGGGGUUUUCCAUGUAAAUGACAGGCACAUAAUAAAUACGAGGAAUAUUUAAUUGUAGAGUUUCCCUCGUCUUAUCAUAUGUUUCUGACGUGUGGCUUAGAGCGUACAUUCGAUUAUCUGCAGAACAUCUGUGUUACGUCAGUACAUACUGGUUUGAAUGUCAAUUACUGAAUUCCUUGCAGGCAGAGCUGCCGUUAGGAAAUAACAUCAUUGUUAUGACUCUCGGAUGCAUAUUAUACCUGAUGCGUCUUGUAUAUUUGGGUAAGCAAAUUCAGGAAGCGGUCGCUGUUACGAGACUGGCUAACACACGUAUAUACUAUGUAAUAUAUACUUAACCUUUA